UGAACCCUGGGACGCCAAAGCGGAACAUGCGACUUAACCGCUCUGCCACCGGGCCGGCCCCCCCAUAUCUUUCUUAAAAGAACAAGGUGAUCCCAGUAGACAAAGGAGGGACUUUGAGGCCUUUCUUAGGACUAUAAUACGUAGAAAUUUAAGAUAAUUAUCACCAGUGUCAAACUACCAGGCAGCCUGCACACUUUGCUGGAUUCAUAACUAUUUGAGGUUUGCUGAGUUAGUCAUAAGCAUCUUAGAUGCUGUUUUAUGGCUUUAUAAUUCUUCUCCUACAAAAUUAAGAUCCAAAAGCUGAUAGGCUUUUGAGUUACACCGAUUAGCCGUCUGGAAGUUGUUGUUGAAGAAAUGUAGCUAAACUAAUGCCCGUUUCCUAAAAUUCCUUACUCUGACUCACUUCAGAAAGGAGUCCACUUGUGGCCCAGGCUCAGAGAUUUGAAUCUGAACCAGAGUGUCCCAAGGAGAUGUGGCCCAGGCCCAAAUUAUGCCUGACUCAGGAAAAUUCGGACACCAACCCCAAUGCCAACCUCACACCGAAGAACGAAAAGAGACCUUGAUGAUGACAAGCACUGACUAUAUGCCAGGCAUACCCCCCCAGAGACAGAUGUUGUAACUGUACUCAUUUUACACACGAGGAAAAUGAGACUUGCCUACAGUCCUGGUUUGGGAAGUGGCUAAGCUUGAGUCUGCACUUAAUGCCUGGCAUCUUUCGUGGAGCCCACUUUAACUGCCGUGGAGGCCUCUGAUUUACCCCCAUUUCCUGGCUGAUGAAUUUCUAAACCACAGAGACAUUGUUUUCUCUCAUUUUAAAGGCAGUACAACAACAGAAUCUUCUAUUUUUCAUUUGUUAGCCUGUUCGCGUUUUACCUCUUUAGAAGUGCUUGUGGUUUACUAAACUUCCUUGUUUCAGUUUUAGUACCUGCAACUUAUGCCUUCUAAUCUUUCCUCUUCAGGAAUUCUGAGCUCUUUUAGGAGUCCUGAAAAACAGGUACUUUUUCUGGUAAUUGAGAAUUCACCAGCAGAGUCCUGUAAUUAAUGUGCUCAAUGCAGAACCCUCAAGAAUAGGAGGUAACCUAUCGAGGUUUAUAGAGGGCCCUCUUGCCACUUCUCCCACAGUAAUUUAACAAGGUCUAGAGACUGCACCUUCCCAGGGGUUCAGGGUUUGAAUUAGAGUCAGCUCAACAACUUAACUUAAUUGUGUGCUACAAUUUAGGAAAGGGGGUUCAUAUGCAAAGGAAAUUUAUUGUCUUCUAAUAACCUUUUGUAUACUUGAAUUUAGUUAAGUUACCCUGUCUGUAAACUGAACAAAACUCAAGUCCUUUAAUUUAAAAACAAAUUAAUCUUUCAUGACUACUCCAUUAAACAAGUUGUGUUGAUUUCUGUCUGAUACCCUGUGCAUUUCCAAGGAGUUACAACUUUUAUUGUUGAUUUAUUUUUCAAAAGGCUAUCUGCCUUUUGAAGAUAAAAGAUUUUUGAACCCUGAUAUCUUAAAAGAAUUUCCGGUAGUUAAGUACCAGAGAAGAUUAUAAAAGACUGGGAAUGCAGAGGAAACUUCUGAAAUCUAGGUGGUAGAGACUGGAGCACUUUGAAGGAAGUGAGGUAGUGGUAUUAGCCAGGAGUGGCAGCUUAGGUACAGGCACAAAACAUCUCAGUGUAGGAUCUCUACCCAAGGUGCUGCAUUUGGGGGUCGGGAUCUCUACACGUACAGAAAUGCAACCUUACCUUUCUCAGGGAUAACCGGGGCCUAGGAAAAGCUUGCUGACCAAAGCUCACAAGAUUGCCAAUUUAUAGAUUGGUUAUGAGAAAUAGAGUUUUCAGGUGAACUUGAACGUUGACUAGGCAUGAGUUGGUAAGUCGCUUGGGGAAAACAGAAUUAAAAUCAGUAUAUAACUUCGGUGGAUUUAGAGUUAGAAGAAAGAAAUAUAAGUGGUUUUAAGAAGAGUUUCUCUGCUAAACUUGAAGUAUUCUUCCCUGGCAUAGGGAUGCUUUGUGGGGGAUCUAAGUGUUUGACAUUCACUGAUGCGCUCUGGAUACGGCAGGAAAUGCGUGCUUAAUUCUAUACAUAUAGUCUGUGCUUCUCUACAGACAGACAUCUACUAACACAUCCUCCUUUUACAUCCUUUAGUACCAUUGUCUCUACCAGGUUUUAUGUGCGGAUGUAGACAAAUAUUGGUCAAAUACAUUACUGAUUUUUUACUUUAAAUUCAAAAGAUACAAAAGGAUAUAUUCAUAUAUAAUGAAAAGACUGUCCUCUCUAGGGUCCUCAUCCACUCACCAAAAGCAGCUCAUGUUAUCAAUUUCUUGGAUAUCCUUCUGGGGAUAGUUUAUGCAUAUUCAAGCAAAUUCAUGUAUUCUUUAUAGUAGUGAAAUCUACCAAGUCCAACUAAUAAUAGAUGUGUUUGCGGUUUCAUUGGCCUCACAUUGUGCAGAGCUGUCAGCUACGGGCCUAGCUGCAGAGACUCCACAUCUACCUCUGACUGUUAAUACAGACAUAGAACCUGCCAUGUAACGCUCUUAGGCUCAGGUUAUUUCAGUAGGGCCAGGUACUGGCCAGUCCAGUGAGGCUACACUGUGGCUCAGCAGCUGAACCUCAGUCACAGGUCUGCGGGAAUCAUCUCUUCUUUAAUUGGUCCGAGUGAACAGGGGUGUAUCCUGGUUUUCUCGUAUUUAUAGUUUGUUCUUGAGACUAUCUUUGAUUAUGUUAGAAAACAAAAAGAUUGUAUCCUCUAAAGCAUGGACUGUGUUUGGGCACAGUCCUAUUUGGGCGGGGUCUUAAGAGAUAACUUGCCAAUUUGCUAUUUUGUUGUCACAAAGAUAAGCUAGAGAUCAGCUGGUCCAAAACAAAAGUUAUGUUUGGUGAUAUGUAUUUUUCAUAAUUAUUUUAGGUGAUAUAUAAGUAAAAAGCUCAUAUAGAAAGUCACUAUGUUUAGUUGCCUUGGUGUAUAUCUCGCAGCUAGGUUUUGUUGGAGUGCUCACUGCUCAGAGCUGAGUGUUCUAUGGAUGCUUUAUUUAGAUUUAUUUUUAUGCAGACAGUUAGUUGCACCUGCCCUAAAAAUUUUUCCCAGGUUAGGCUCCAAAAUAAAUAUACAAAAAGCAGUAGCUUUUCUCUAUGCCAGGAAUAACCAGCUUAGAAAAUAUAAUGAAAAAAAAAGAUCUCCUUCAUAAUAACAACAAAAAUAUAUAUACUAACUGGGAAUAAAUUAAGGAAAAUUAUAAAACCUAUAUGAAUAAAGUUAUACAAAUCUACGGAGAGGCAUAAAAUAAGAUUAGAAUAAAUGAAAGACAUAUCAUGUGCCUCGAUAUAAAGACCCAUUCUCCCUAAAAUAAGCUAUAAAUUUAAUAUGCUUUCAGUCACCUUCCCAACAGGAUUUUUUUAACUUCAUCUGAAAAAAGAUUGUCUAAGAAUAGCCUUGAAAAUAUUAAAAAGGAAGAAUAAUGAUGGAAAUAUCGCUCUAUUGUGUAUGAAUUGUUGGUAUGCUAAAGUUGUAUUAAAAUAAAACUUUGAGCGCUGAUGUGGGUCAUCAUAGACGGAAAAAAAGGAAUAGACUACAAAAUCCAGAAACAGACCCAGGCAUAUGUAAAAAGUGACUCUGAAACAGGUGCAAUUUUUAGACAGUGGAGAAAGAAUUUUAUGAAUCUUAUUGGAAGAAAUGACUAACCACUUGAAAAAUAACUUUAGGUCUUUUUUCCAUGCCACAGAUUCAAGAUGGAUUAAACAUUUAAAUUUAAGAUGCAAAACCAUUUCAUCCAUGAGCUCGGAUUUCCCACAUUACAACUUCAGGAUGCCUAAUAUUGGAUUCCAGAAUCUUCCUCUCAACAUAUAUAUUGUGGUUUUUGGCACUGCUAUAUUUGUCUUCAUCCUUAGUUUACUCUUCUGUUGCUACUUGAUUAGGCUAAGGCAUCAAGCACACAAAGAAUUUUAUGCCUACAAACAGGUUAUAUUAAAAGAGAAAGUAAAAGAACUGAAUUUACAUGAGCUCUGUGCAGUGUGUCUAGAAGACUUCAAGCCUCGAGAUGAGUUGGGGAUUUGUCCAUGUAAGCAUGCCUUCCACAGAAAGUGCCUUAUUAAGUGGCUGGAGGUUCGGAAAGUGUGUCCACUGUGCAACAUGCCAGUUCUACAGCUCGCCCAGUUGCAUAGUAAGCAGGACCGUGGACCCCCACAGGGGCCCCUACCCGGGGCAGAAAACAUUGUAUAGCUUACCACAAGGAUCAAACUGUUGGGGGAUCCAAUGUCCAUGUGGAGCCAGGAGGAACACAAGCGGUCUCUGUGUUGGCUGCUCUACCUGGGGCACCAGCUGCCACUUCCUUUGCCUCAUGAAGAACUCUUGGGCCAGCUAAACUGGGAAUCCAGACUUCUGGGUCUUGUGAUAACCAAAGCACGCUGACACUACCCCAUGCCAAGAGAAGAGGAGUGGAUGAGCCUACAGGUUUGGCUCAAGAAACUUCAUGAGGGUCUCUUGCUAACUCCAUUGCACUCUGUCUCCCAGACACUUAUCUCCAUUUCAAGGUGAAUCUUUAUCAAGCAGAAGGGAAGAUAAACACAAGUGUUAGAGAAGGGAACUGAUGGCAGGUCUUUAAAGCCACCCCCCACCCUCUGGACAGAUGAGCUUCUCUGCAGACCCUGCAUGCCUUUGCAGUGCAAACCCUCCUGACAGCCCCUGAGCCAAGUACAACCAGCAGUUACCUCAGCCGAAGCAUGACCGUUGCCAGUGGUUGGUGAGGCAGUGCCAACAAAGCUUUUCACUUUAUGUUCCUUUGAUAAGGCCACCUUGGAACCCAAGGGCUUUAGUUACAACAGAGCAGCAGUGCCCCUCGUCACUCCCUCUCCCUCAAGUUCACAACACUUGCUUAACAAUUUACCUAAGCUGAAAACAUUAGGUACACUUGGAAAGGCCUGGUCAGAAGCCAUUUCCUCUUAUUUCCCCCUCCUACUCACCAGAGAGGCACAGCCAAGCCACCUAUCAGGAGCCCCAGCAGGGGGAGGGCCUCUGAGCCCAUGCUGUCCCUGUGUGACCCAGGGGGCGUCAGGAUGCUUCCCAGAUCUUCACAUACACAGUGUGGUUCCAGUGUAGCCGCUGGUCUUGCCCCACUGCUUUUGUGGGAGCCUCUGUGAGCCCCUCAGAGGCUCUGAAGAGGAGCAUCUUUCUGAGAAUGGCCACUCCUCCUGGCCUGCUGAGAUAAGAGGAGGAUGCUGACCCCCUUGCCUCUCCCCUUAUUCCUUCUCUCUGUUCUCUUCCCUCUCUUGCCCUAUCUCUGUUUCUACUUAAGAGAAAAUGACUUUUAAAAAUUUAAAGCAUCCCAGAUAAGAUCCCUAUGUAAUUCUGAAGCCAGGGAUCCACUUGAAAUUGUAAAUAGUUUCAGGAGGCUCCUGCAGGGCUGUUCACCCAUUGGUGUGUGCCUCAGUAUUCAGACUUGUGAUAACUAAUUGAAGGUGUCUAGAGGAGAGAAAUGCAUGCUGCUCUUUGGCUCUUCCUGUCCAACUUUUCUAGAAAUGACUCAGAGUCCAUUAGGAUUCAUGAAUAUUGUAUAAAUUAGCUGUAUGAAGCAGCAUUGGGUCAGAUAGAGUUCUUUUCCACAGCCCUGCUCUCCACCUCCUUCCAUGAUAGGAGUAGACUCUUCAUUGACAGCUUUGCCUCUGCUCCAUCCCACAGGUAUGAGUGGGGCAGUUUUUCAUUGGAAAUACGGUCUGCAUGGUAUGGAGGGAGGGUGGCGGAAGCUUUGCUACUCUGUUCAUGGUAUGUCUCCAGGAAUUUUUUCUGGAAUCUAGCCUCAGCCGUCUUAGAAUGGGAAAGGGAACCUGUCCUUGACUCAGGUGGCUGGUGUCAGAAGAGGCGGAAAAUUCCCAUUAGUCUAGAAAAGUGCUGGGCAGAAUCCACUUUGGAAAAUUACAGAUCUAGUUGGUCAGAAUUGGCUGUUUCCCAUGUGUGACCUAUUCGUGGUAUGCCAACUGGACUGCUUCUUAAACAGGGCAAGGGAAGUGUGGAAUAUUUUUCUAUGAAAGCCUUAGCCUGCUUGGCGCCGUGGAAAGAACCAUUUGUACACUCAACCUUUCACCCUCUGAUUCUGCCUUCUCUACUUGUAGCACAAUAGAGUGGAAUGCUGCAGAACACUCGGUUUACAGUGAAAUGUUUUCAGUAACCAGUGUCAGAAGUAGGCUUGCUUCUGACUAUCCUCAUUAAUGGCCAACACUCAGCACUUUCCAUGGCAUGGCCUUGAGACAAAGGUCACCUUGUUGUUAUGGGGUUCCAAUAGGAAAGAGAAUUUUUCCCCUCAAAGGAGGAAUUCUUGUGCUCUAUACUGCAAAUUAUUUUGACUCACAGCUCUUGUAGGAUUUUAGCCUUUCAGUUGCAGCCUUUUUCUGUCCCUGUGCACCAGUACCAAGGAGAAAGACUCAGAAAGUCCCUGUAUUUGUAGGGAGGCAAAUUAAUUCAUUUCACUGUGUCACAGCUAAAGGCAAGCACUGGACCAGAGGUGCAGAGCCCAAAUAGUGCUGGCCAUUACAAGAAAGCUCGAGAAUGCUGUGCACCAUUGUAGGUCUGCUUUGCCUCACGAGGUACCACUAACAUGACCCCAACACUUGUGAAUUUGGGAGGCUUUUUAAAAUGCAGCUCUUCUGCUAAGGUCAGGCUGGACACUGGGGUGGUGACUGGUGGCUCUGCUCAUAGUCAUCUCCUGUUUCUUGACUUGGUGUCCUACUGCAGCAUGGCCAGUGUCACUCAGCAGUAGUUCCUGUGACUCUUAGCAACAACCUGAAUGUGUUUGCAUCCCACAUCUGGGUCCUCCUUCAGAACUUCCCUGUGCUGCACCGCUGUAACUGCAGUUGGUCAGAGUUUAAUUUACAUCUUCCUUUAAUUCUGAUGAAAAUCAGUUUUGUGUGAAGGACAAGGUUAAAAUCUCCAUCACGAAUUUUUUUGAAAAAAAGAGGUAAGGAUCCCUUAAUACUCUUGGCUCAGGCCUCACAGUGAGACCACUGAGGCCGCCCUGUCUGCAUCUGUCUCCAUGAGUUGUUGGUGACCUUUUGUUAAUCUGUAGACACGUGAGGACUCGGGUCUGCUCUUGGGCCAGUGGCUGGUGGCAUGGUGAUUUUUUUUACUUUGUCUUAAUGUUUCUUAAGCAGCUCAAAGAUUAGGUGUUAUUUGUGUGCUGUGGGUUAGUAGAGCAGAACUCAGCCCCAACUGGACUCCACAGGUGGCUGAAUCAUUAUCCAGUUGUUGCCAAGGGUACAGCUGAAUUCACCUGGCUUUAGAAACGGAACAAAACCAGCCUGACUUGAUUUCUGGUUGAACAGGCAUAAGACAUUAAUAGUUGUCAUCUGCCACUUUUUUUUGCCAGUGUUAUUUGGUUAGGCCCACCUCUGGCAGGUAAAGUCCUUGUAGCCAGUGCUCACCUAGGCAGAGAGCAGGACAAAUCAGAAAUGGCCAGAUGGGAGCAGGUGGCCCCUGGGAAAGUCUGGCCUAAGGGAUACAGGACCUCCCACCAUUGCCAAAUAGUCUGCUCUUGACAAGUCUUGACAAACGAAGAUCAUUUUCCCCAGUGCCAAGCCCCUCAGAUCCAUCAGAGGAAGACCUUGAGCCCUGUCCCUUUCCACAGCCCCACUCCAAAGCCUGUCAUCUCCAUGGUCUGAUCCUGCUUUGCUAAGCUAUACUGAAUGACUGUAGUAGUUAUUUUUCUGAGAGACUUUCUGGGAAUUAUACACACUGGGAGGCAUCCCCAGAGCUCUGGACAGAAAAAGUGCUGAGAGGGAUUUGAGUCCCCUCUUGCCACUCACCAGCCACGUGCCUUUCUGCAAGUUAGCCUCUCAACGCCUGAUUCCUUAUCUGCCACCCAGGGAUUGUAGUAACCGUGUCCUUGCCAGCUCUUGUGAGGAUUAGCCACCAUGUCCAUGGCAGGCAGUAGGCCUGGGGUCCUGAGAGCUGCUGAUACUGGGUAACAUCAUGUCACACGGGGCUCCUCUGUUGUCCUGGUAGAACAGAACCACAGCAUGAGCCUCCCAAGGCGCAGGGGCUCUCCCUGGGGUCCAGGUUCACCUGGCUCCCUUUUCCUCUCCUGGUCUUCCCUAGUCAUCUCCAUCUACCUUUGCCCAAAGUGUUCCCCAAUUUGUUGCUCAGUGCUGAAUAUUCCUUUAACUUUUUGAAUAGGUAAUCCCUUCAUAUGGUUCACAAAUCAUAAACAGUUAGUCUUCCCUUGCAUCCUUGACCUCCAGCAAGCUCAGCUUCUCCCUGCUUGAACACCCACUUUAAAUUCAUUCCUUAUGUAUCCUUCGAGAUCAUUUAUGCACAUACAAGCAGAUACACACACGGGUGUGUGUGUAUAUGUGCAUGUAUGUAUGUAUGUGUGUGUGUGUGUGUAUACUUCUCCUCUUUUACUUGUGAUACCAGACAAGUAUAUUCAAGGAGCAUUCCUCUUCAUGUAGGAAGAACCAUCCCCAGAAGUCAGAGUAUCUGUAAAAGGUGAGCCCAGAAUUGGGGGUGUUUCACAAUCACAUUCCUUUUGAAUAAGGCAUAUUUGUUACUGAUUGCAGUAUAGUGGAAGUCUACUUUUCUAUACAAAUCAGAAACUGCAAUCCCUCCUGACCCUCAGAUGCCCAGGUAAUACACGAGCACAAUCAGUUUCCAGGCUGGCUUUCUAAGCAGGCUCUGUAGCUGGGAGCAGCAGUGCAGGCUUCAUCCACAUCCGGCAGCUUUUGCAGGGGCCUGGACAAGCUGCCUCCCAACCCCCCGCAAUCUUGGCCAGUUCCAAGUGAGGCUCAAGCAUUCUGCAGGGAUGUCUGGCCACAAAUGUCAUGGUUUCUUAGGUGAACUCCUGUGUUUCUGAGGCAGGAGUUUGAGAAGCAGCAGCAGCUGAAGGCUGAGGCAUCCUUCUAUUUUGUGGGACAGACGUUGCUAAGAGGUCAGUCUCCUCGGAAUGUCCAUGUUCAGAGUUCAAGGAUCUGCUCCCUUGCCCUCCCCACUCUUUAUGCACACACUAAAAAGAAAAUGCUUCCCAGAGAAUUUUCUCCUACUGGAACACUUUUUCCAUCCAACAGAAAUUACCCCACCAGUAAUCUUUUAAAAAAUCUUUUCUUCUAAAUUCAUUUUUGCCCCUGCAUGAGCGGAAAGUUAAAGCUGCUUCCUCCAGGCACCCCUGGGGAGAGGGGCAUGGACUCACACCUCUCGGUCCUCAUCCACCUCCCUGGUGUCCUGCCACCCAGGGCAGAAGCCUAGGGCUUCCCCUGGAUUAAAUGUGCGGUUUGGGCCCCUGACCUGAAACUUGAAUUAUAUGUGAAACUCCACCCUUCUGUCACUUGAUCUCGGGCCCUGGGUUAAUGUGUCUCUCACAUUAGCUCUUAUAUUUCUUGAGUAAAGGAGAUGAAUGAACGUGUCUAAAUUCUGGUGACAUUUGCAAUUAAUAACUGGAAAAUGCUGUCAUGGUUCUUUGGUAGAUUAAUGAAGGAUCCCACGUGCCAUGGAAUGUGUUCCCAUGAGUGGAAAUAUCAGGAGGAAAGAGGGGCUUGUUCACCAAAUCUGUCAUUUUUCCAGUUCAGCUUUAGAGCCCAAAUUGUUGCAAGAUGCAAACAGUUUUACCCCACUUUUAGACCAAGCAUCAGCGUUCUUGGUUUACCAAUCCAGUGCUCACUUCCAUGGCUAUGGGAUCAGGAAGAUAACCUCCUUGCUCCAAGGACAUGGACCUAGAACCUGGGUCCCUCCCGUGUCAAGGGACGUGUCUGUAUUUCAUGAAGCUCCCUCAGCUCCCUGUGCCAGUACAAGCCUGCCAGAUCUGCAUCUUAGGCCAUCUGCGCAGUCCCUCCCCUCCCAGGCCCUGCUAGAGCUGGUGGGCAGAUAGGUCCAGUGUCAGAAGUCCUUCCUGCUGACAGCCCGGUCUUCCAAGAGAGUGUUCCCAGUAACUGUUGUCUCUGGGCCUCUUGACAGAUCAUUGCCAGGAAGGAGGGAAUUUUAGUCUUGUAGUUUAGUCCAUUGGGGUUUAUUCACUAGAUAUUGUAUAACUCCCUCAAAAAAAUGUUUAUGAAAUGCUGAGCCUCAGGUUUCAUAGACGUGUUUGUACACUAAGAAUUCUGCAGCAGAAUAUUUUUAAACAUUCGCAGUUUUUUGUAAGCUAUAUUUUUGUAUAUUUAAUUGCUAUUUUAAAAUUUUAAUGCAUUUUGCUAAUUACUCUUGUUUAAAAAAUAAAACAUGCAUGUAAUUGACUGAAACAAAUGUAAAUAAAAAGCAGAUUUUGAAAACACUUCAUGUUGUGUAUGUACCCUUUAACUCAGAGGGCCUGUAGUCACCCACACUCCAUUUAA